AUGCAUAAUUGGGGAGAUAUUUGGACUCUCAGCGACGCGAAUACCGAUAAUCCGAACGCGAGUGCCGAUAAUCCGAACGCGAGUGCGAACUCUAACCCCACACAGAUGAACGCAAACGCCGACAGCUUACCGCAUCCUCUCGCGGCCACCGACGUUUCAACAGUAAUGCCGUUAGACAUAAACGCAUUCGCAUCCGUACGAUUACCCGGAUUUUGGCGACACUCUCCGCAGCAGUGGUUUACACACGCGGAAGCGAUCUUCCACAAUCAACGCGUUAGGUCCGAUCUGUCACGCGUAAACCACGUGCUCGCUGCACUUGACGAAGAUGGUGUUCGCACCAUCGGAGAUUUACUCGGCGCCGACGUUCAAUAUUCCGCAGUAAAAAGUCGACUUAUUACCGCGUACGAUGUCCCUCAAGCCACUCGUUUCCGUUCAAUCAUUCAACACGGAGGCAUGGGCGACCGACGUCCUUCACAAAUGUUACGCGACAUGCGUAGCGCGUUACCAAACGGAAUCGGCGAGUCGACGUUAAAAGAGUUUUGGCUCCAGAAACUCCCGCCAACUAUCCUCGCCAUCGUUUCCGGUCUCGACGGUUCACUGGAGUCACUGGCCGAACGUGCCGACCGAGUCGCGGAUGCAAGCGCCGGUCAUGAUUUAUCCGCCGUGUCGCAUGAACCUGAUCGCCUCCACUCAAUGGAGAACGCGAUUUCAGCGCUCACCGCACAGAUUGCGGCGUUAGUGUCGACACAGUCCACGCAACACCGACCGUCUCGCAGCCAGGACAGAUCGCGAGCAAAAUCGCGCAACCGCUCCAAGUCCCGCACAGGCCGCUCACACAACGACGCAUGGUGUUUUUACCACAAUGUCUACGGUACCGAAGCACGGAAAUGCCGGGACCCAUGCUCGUACGAGUCGGAAAACUAA